UGUCGUCAAACGGGCACGAUUGAUGACUACGUGGCUCGGUUUCGGCGUCUUAUCGCUAGGGUGCGUGACAUGAGCCAGCUGGACCAAAUCGAUCGUUUCUGCGAUGGUCUUAAGGCGGAGACUCGGAAGGAAGUCAGCUAUCGUCGCUGUUCGACUCUGUCGCAAGCUAUUGAGCAGGCCCAGGCUUACGAGCGUACCCAUUUCGGCAGUGCUCAAGGUUCG